UAGCCACCUAAAUCUGAAGCGGCGGGGCUUUGUGUUCUGAGGCCCCUUCCAUUGAGGCCACUCGCCGAGCCUUUAUGUUCACUGCGCCUGCGCAAACUUUUCCUUUCCCCUCCAGCGGCCAUCAUGGCGGGCGACGAGGCAAAGAAGAAGCUGCCCUCAGUUCCUGAAACCCUUUUGAAGAAAAGGAAGGCUUUUGCUGAGCUAAAGGCCAAACGUCUGAAGAGGAUGUUGGCUCAAAAGAAGUUGCGAAAGGAGGAACGAAAACUCAUCUAUAAAAGAGCUCAGUCCUACCACAAAGAGUACAGGCAGAUGUACCGACGAGAGAUUCGCAUGGCCCGCAUGGCCCGUAAAGCUGGCAAUUACUAUGUACCUGCUGAACCCAAACUGGCAUUUGUGAUCAGGAUCAGAGGAAUUAACGGCGUUAGUCCCAAAGUUCGCAAGGUACUGCAGCUCCUUCGCCUGCGUCAGAUUUUCAAUGGCACAUUUGUGAAACUCAACAAAGCUUCCAUUAAUAUGCUAAGAAUCGUUGAACCUUACAUUGCCUGGGGUUAUCCCAACUUGAAAUCUGUUCAUGAGCUGAUCUACAAACGUGGCUUUGGGAAGAUCAACAAGCAGCGCAUUGCUUUGACUGAUAACACUCUGAUCAAGAAAUCAUUGAAAAAGUAUGGCAUCAUUUGCAUGGAAGAUCUGGUCCAUGAAAUUUAUACUGUUGGCAAAAACUUCAAAGCAGCAAACAACUUUCUGUGGCCAUUCAAGUUGUCUUCUCCUCGGGGUGGAAUGAAGAAGAAGACUAUUCAUUUUGUAGAAGGUGGAGAUGCAGGAAACAGGGAAGACCAGAUUAACAGGCUCAUAAGGAGGAUGAAUUAAUAAUGGAGCUCAGAUGAUGACUACACAUUCUUAAUAAUAAAAAAGAACUUUUGUGCAAA